UCUAUUAAUUUUUUUUCUCAUUAACUGUUUAUUUUAGUACAAACAAAAUUUUAAUUUCUUUUUUUUAGUUUGUUUUUAAAUUCUAAUUUUUUUCAAUAUUUUUUAUUCUAAGAAAAACUUUUUUUUAGUAAUUUUUAAUUUAGUAAAAAAAAAAUGACCAAACGGGCGUGCGUAAUUUUAGUGCUUUUUGGAUUAGUUCCACUUUUUGUCAAGGGACAUAUAAACCUGGCAGAUGUCCCCUGCGGUCAUGGUGCAACCAGGAUACGUAACGCCCGAGUGGUCGGAGGCCAGGACGCCAUACCACGUGAAUUUCCUUGGCUGGUGAGCAUCACAAGGAAAGGAGGACACUGGUGCGGUGGCACAAUUCUCAACUCGAAAUUCAUUCUCACUGCUGCACAUUGCUUUUGCUCUGGAUAUGAUAAAAUAAACUUCAAUCAAUUCAAAUUGACAUUGGGUGAAUAUAAUUUAAAGGAAAAAGAAUCUCCAGUUGCAAAGGUUGAAACUAUUAGUAAAAUUACGAUGCAUCCAGAAUUUAAGUGUAGAUUUUAUAUUAACGAUGUGGCCCUUGUGGAAACAACUAAUUCUAUAUCAUGGUCUGAAAGUGUUCAGCCUGCAUGUUUGCCACAUGAAACAGGUAAAUCUGGAUUUGAUGCUUUCAAUGGAGAAGAAGCCGUAACCGCAGGAUGGGGUUGGCUCGGAGAAGAUAAAUCAAAAGACAAAAGAGCGGACGUGCUGCAAAAAGUUGAUGUUCGCGUUUUGGAGAACAGUGUAUGCAACGAGUGGUAUGCCAGUCAAGAGAAAAAAAUUCGCGUCGUAUCGGGACAAAUGUGUGCCGGAUAUGAAGAUGGUGGACGCGAUUCAUGUUCCGCUGACAGUGGUGGGCCCUUGAUGGUCGGAAGUCAUCCCGCUAGAACGAUGGUCGUUGGGGUGGUCUCAUCGGGAAUUGGAUGUGCCCGACCACGUCUUCCGGGUAUAUAUACAAGAGUCUCAGAAUAUAUUCCUUGGAUUGUGCAACAGGCUAUUCCAUAAAAUCCGGAACAAGUGUUCUCAAGAAAUAUAUAUAGUAUAAAGAAUUGCGUUUGUCACGCUAACAAAAAUUUCACGUCGAAAUUUAUGUAAAUAUGAACGAGUCUCAACUUUUAUAUAUAUAUAUAUGUUAUAGUAUGUUGGACAAUUUAUAAUUCACACUUUUAUAUACGAUCCGUUUAUUUUAGUGUGAAUAUUUUUUUGUCAACGAAAAUUGAAUUAAUAGUCCCGCAUUUUUCCAAAAGAAUUUUUGGAUAAUUUUACAAUGUAACCGAAGUUUUUUUUUUUAAUGU